AAAAUAAAUGGGAUAUGGCUGCUCUGCCAGGCGCGUAGCAUAGGAAUAUUCUCACACUUCCUUUUGGGUGAAAACUCCUCCAUGUUCCUCCAUUGUAGAUCUGCUUCAAUUUGUGCGUUCAAAUUAUAGUUUCAGAGACCCAACAGAGGAAGCCACACUAAAGAUUCAUUCUUUUCACCAAUUUUUGCUGAGGAAAUUUUGUAAGCUAAAAUGGCAGCAAGGAAGCCUGGAUUAAUUGCUUUGUUUGAUGUUGAUGGGACUCUUAAUACCGCUCCACGAAAGGCAGUUACUCCGGAUAUGUUGAAUUUCAUGAAGGAACUUCGAAAGGUUGUUACAGUUGGUAUUGUUGGAGGGUCGGACCUUGUUAAGAUAUCAGAGCAGCUUGGGAAGUCAGUUAUAAAUGACUAUGAUUAUGUAUUUGCGGAAAAUGGUCUUGUGGCCCAUAAGGACGGGAAGCUCAUUGGGACCCAGAGCUUGAAAACAUAUCUUGGAGAAGAAAAACUCAAAGAAUUUAUAAAUUUUACACUACAUUAUAUUGCCGACUUGGAUAUUCCAAUAAAAAGAGGAACAUUUAUAGAAUUUCGAAGUGGAAUGCUCAAUGUAUCACCUAUUGGACGAAAUUGCAGCCAGGAAGAACGUGAUGAGUUUGAAAAAUAUGACAAGGUUCAGAAUAUUCGCCCAAAGAUGGUGUCUGUGCUCCAUGAGAAAUUUGCACACCUUAACCUCACCUUUUCCAUAGGGGGACAAAUAAGUUUUGAUGUAUUCCCUCAAGGGUGGGACAAGACUUAUUGCUUGAGAUACCUCGAUGAUUUUAGCGAAAUCCACUUCUUUGGGGACAAAACUUACAAGGGAGGAAAUGACUUUGAGAUAUAUGACUCAGCGAGAACAGUGGGUCAUACAGUUACCAGCCCUGAAGAUACAGUGAAGCAGUGCACAAAACUCUUUCUAACCAAGCAAGUUUAAUGUCCCUGAAAUUUAUUUCAACUACGAGACGUUCUAUUGUAUUUACAUUUGUAAUUUUUAGAUAUAGAAAAUAAAAAGGGUUGCAGAAACAUCUGUUUGUUUCUGUAAUUCCCUUCAUAGGAUUCAUUUGUGCAUUCAAGCGAUGACCAUUAUUAUCAUAUUGUCAUUUUUAUUUGAAGUUUCAAUUUUUUUUAAUGAGACCUCAAAGAUUGAUAAACAAUGGCAAUACAUUACUUUUGAGAUGUGUUAAGAAUCUAUUUAUUUGUAUUCGGCA